AUGUUCCUGCCGUGGAUCUCCAAGUGCGACCUUGUGCCGACGUCUGCCGACUCGUAUGUGCUCAAGAAAUUCUCGGAAAAAUGCCAGCGCGGAAUGUGCUCCAUGGUCGUGAGUUCCCUCACGGAGGAGGGCGUGGACGUGAUGGCAGUUCUUCCCAGUGGCCACCAUAUCCGAUGGGCCAUGGAGGUCCUGGGCCACUCAUUCGCGCUGCCUAUGGACGACUCGGACGUCAUUUCUGGCUCUCUGGGCGUCUACCAGCGCUGGCUCGGGGUAGACGAAGAGGCGAAAGGCGGAAAAGACCAGCGGCCUGCUUGUAUGCAAAAGGUGGAGCAGACGUUCAUUCAGGACGUGCUGGGACAAAUGACACUGCUUUUUGAAGAGCGCUCGAGCAACGGUAUCCCGAGCGGAAUGGCAGAAAGCAACUUGGCUACACACGUGGAGCUGUGCACGAAAGUACUGGAGACUUUCGAUGCUCUCGUGAAGCACCGAGGGACACAGCUGUCCACGUCGACGUGGGAUCGGCUGAUCCGACUAGUUCUUGGGGCAGCGGACGGGCUACUGCAUAAUCUGCGCAAUCAAUUGGGCAACCACUUAUGUGGCCAGCUCGUGCGACUUUUGUUCGAAGUGUACCUGCGGUCACUGCCGCAAUGUGGACCACGAGGAGAACUGUGGGGUCUGCUGCAAAAGUUCUGUCGACGAUGGAUUCAUCGGACGCUCGUGAUUGAGCAAUGGAAUGCGGUCACGCUUGGACUUACACGGAGCAUGAUGCGGCAGAUUCGCGACCAGAACGCGACUAAAGAGAUUGAAAUCAAUUGGGCAGACAAUCGACAGCCUUUCAAGUUUGAGUUAGAAAGCCCCAUGCUUGCCUAUGCGUGGUACCGUCUUCUCCGUGUGAUCGGUCACCCUUCUGCGAUUUUUGACCCGGACGUGUACCUUGCUGCUGUGAAAGGGGUGAGUCGACUUUCUGACGAGUUUGCGAGCAUCGAAAAGGUGCCUCGCGUUCAGUGGGAGCACGUGUUGGGUGCACUGAACCAAGCGCCGAACCGCGACAGCCCAACGUUCCAAGGAGUGCAGAACGAUGAUGCCGAUCCGACGAACGACCUGUCCACAACAGCCACUCCGAAAACCGUGGAGCAACCGCGAGCUCCGCCUGAUCUCAACUCGAUCCUACGGCUGCUCGGGCCAUGGUUGUUUGACGCCUGCUUGACUCGCAAGCCACACUUUGCCGCUGGUCGUAGCGAGGCUCUUCGAUGUCUCGGGAAGCUCUUGUGUCAUUACUCCAGUGGCCGUUCGAAACGUGUCAACUGGGCUUUCAGCGUUCGCAGUUUGAUGGCUCUACAGAACGCUCUGCUUGACGAUGACGAACGCAUUGCAGCUUCCGCAGUGUUCAACUGGUCAAACGUGUUUAGUUUGUACGGAAACCACACGCUACGUGGUGCCGGUGUUGUUGCAGGUCCAUUUCAUCAGGCUAUUGAGCGCGUAUUCCGUACUGCGGAACGUAAGAACAUGCCGUCUUCCUCGUCUACAAAACCCGACGGCCGUCGUGGCGGUGACUCGUUCUUUAUUUUGGACGAUCAGCACGUUGGAGGAAUCCCGAUUGUGCUACUCCGGCGAGCGUGCAUUGAAGCCUGUAGCUCCCUCCUUACCAUACAUACCCAUGUUCCAAUUGCGAUGAUCAAAGAUGCUGAGCAAGAGAUUGUAGCACCGUCAAUGGCCGAUAUUCCAGGGCUGUAUUCCAGCUUACCGAAGUACACCAGCUCGAACGUUGUCGCCUUAUUAAUGACUGCGAUUAAGACUGAGACGGACCCGACGAAUCAACAGAUGAUGAUGUGGAUCUUGACGGUAGCCAUUCAGCAGGAGGCUGCUCUUUGGGCGAGUGGCUUGGCGUCGAGUCGCAACUCUCAAGUACCUUUUACAAUCUUGCUGAUCAGCUCUAUCAUCAGCAAGUCGCAAAAGUACCAGCCACCGGUGCUGUUCACCGCGUUUGAUUGUCUGCGUCAUUUAUCACUGGUAUGCGAGGAAGUCUUCUUCCACCAUGCGAACUCGGUUGUCCACUUGGUGAAUACGUGCUGCGAUUUUAUUAGCAAUAAUGCGCCGGUUCUGCGCUCUAGGACGGCGCCGUUCUAUCUGGACAGUCUCAUGGCAGCAGCAUACCAUUGCAUCAUCGAAUGGAUUGUAGCAGCGCCUUUGCUGUUAAACAAGCAACAAGUUAUUGCGAAGAUCAUCACAACCAUUGUAGACGGUAACGAGCGGUUCCAGUCUCUGACCGCCGAUACUACGAACAUGGCGGCGCGCGAGGCUGCCCAGAAACUGGUGAACAUGCUGAUGAAACAUCACUGCUCACACACGAGUAUUGUCGGUUCCAUCGGUACGCACUACUCGGGUUUGACGGAAAAGUCUGUGCUAGCACAGUUGUGUGAUCUGAAAGACGGGUCCGACAUCCACCGUCAUUGCCGCUUCUUCUCCGUGAACAAAAAUUCCGUCUUGACGGUGAUCGAGAAACCUGCAAAUGCGGUAGAAUCAGGCGAAGCAAUUCUAAUUAUGCGAGACUCUACCGGUCGUUAUGUCUGGCGGUCCAAGCCCCGGUACCGCGACGGCCCGCGCCUUAAGAACGUAGCUGAGUUCGAGGACUUUCAUGAAGACUCCAAUACGCGAGCGCUUAGUAACCUUGAUUGUGAUUCUGAAGCGAAUACUCACGAGAAUAGUGACGACUACGAUACUGAAAGCGACGAGGAAGAGCAUGUGGAAGACCCGCUACUUGCCGCAAUCCGUGACACUCAUGCAAAGACUCCCAUGACAAGCUGGCGUUCUUCUCCUGACGGCGGGGCAGAGACUAGCUCGGCUUUGAUGGAAAUUUUACCGGGUGAAGGCAACACGGGGAUGAGCUCGAUUGAGAAGAAAGCUUUAGCUGGUCGUGAUGAUACCCGAAGUACUCAGGACGCUGUGUUCAUGAGUUUGCUCGUGGCGCAGAGCCAGGAGGACAAGCGUGCUUCUAAGCCAAAGGGUUCUGCGCGUGGCGUGAGAUGCUGCAAACCAACGCCACCUGAGAAAGAUGCUGCACUUCAGACGUGGGAAGUAUCACGGAGGAUGAUGAGUGAAUUAGGUUUUCUGUCGGUUGGCAACUGGGGUUCCGUAUUCGCGAUGGAUGCAACCGCGGCUACUGAUUUUCUCCGUGACCUGGAAACGCUGGAUAAACUUCCAGAACGCGAAACACUUGAUAUUUCUGUUGCCUAUACGUUUGCUGGAACUUCUCGAGGGGGUUACGACCAAAUCCAUCUAGCCACCUCGACAGACGUACGAGCUGGUUACGUUGAACUGUCAAAAGACUACCAGCUCUUUCUCUCGUCUCUCGGUGAACAAGUCGACGGCCACUGCCGCAAAGGAUACUGUGGCUAUGACGCUGAUUCUGCAAAGGGCCGAAUACUUCACUACGCGCACUACAGCCACGAGGCAUACAUCUACGUGCCGACCCUACUGGUAGAAGGAGAGGAAAGCGGUAGCGACAGCGACAGUGAAAGUGAUGCAGAAGACACUGAAGGGACGAAUGCGAGGAUGUUGUUUCAGCACGCGAAUGUGCUCAUCGUUUGGAAUGAGUGUCAGCAGACGUAUCGUCCAGGGAGCGUGUUGUGGGACGCGGUAUUCAAGCUACCUGUGCCUACGUCAGGAGUAGUGUUGAUCAUCGAUCCACUGGGCAAUGAUCUGUACUGCGUCCACGUUAGCCACGAAUCGUCACCGUUGUUCAACCAACGCGACGUGAUUGCAAACCAGGAGGACAGCUUCGUGGAUGAAGCCGAUGUUUACACUAGCCGCGUGCUUGGUCCGUUGCUGGAUGGCAUGGUAGUCAACGGUGCUUGGUUGGCCCCACUCGUCCGUCAGACGGCCAUCAACGCUUCUAUCCUUUCACGCUCUUUCCAUCGCUACCAGUACGAUAUUGGUGCUGUUUCAUCUUCCCCUGUAGGUGCCGAAGCCAAUCGCAGCAAGGUGAUUUUCUCAUUUGUGGAAAAGUACAUGCACCCGAAACUUCCUGGCGAAUUCUACGGCGACCUGUUUGCGGACCUUACCAGCAAAAGCUAA